GUCGUCUGGUCUUUAUUUAGUAUUUUUGAUUAAUCAAAGCUUUCUUGCAGAUUGGCUAGUUGAUGAUCAUAUGCGUAAAUUAUAUCUUAAAGUUGGAAUUUUUUAUAGCGCACGUUCAGUUUUUAGGCGUUUAAUAUUCCAUUGAUACCCUCCUUCGUUGAACGUCCACUCCUUUUUAGAAUUUUAGCCUUUUCUUGCCCUGUGCUCAAUGCUCAUCUCACAUGUUAAGCAAUAGAGCUUUUGAAGGAAUUAGCGUUUCUCUCUCUGCAUUUGAAAGAAAAUUUUCUGGGUUUGGUGACUGUUAAGGCGGUUCUGGUUCUUUAGUUAAGUCUGUGACUCUUUUUCGAUUUCUCUCUCGGAUUCGAAUGCUAGAGCUGAACAGACCCGGAAUGCAUUGGUCGUUCUCGAACGUGGGCUCUGCUCCUUCUCAGCUUCUAUCUUUCAAGGCCUCAUCGGAUGACGGGCUGGGAAAAAGCGCCUGUGAUUCGUUAGCGUCGUUUGGAUCUAUGACCGUAUCUAGGUUGGACGUUGAGAGGAAUAGGUUCGGCGACAAACAAGCAGGAAGUUACUAUGUGACAGGGGCUAACCCUCAGCAGUACUUGAAUGCGCAGCCGAUCAGUCGGCCCCAAGAAGCGAGGACUUUCCCUUCCCCGAAGCACCUCAGUCAAGUGGCCACAAAGACGCCGGUCGUUCAGUCCCAUGUGGCGGCAUCCUCUGAGCAAAACGUGAUUUGCUCCUCUGUAAAAGGGGGAUUUACCUUUGUCCCUCCUGCAUCAGUUCCUCCGACUUCGACUUCUCUUGUUGGCUUCACUGAUUCUAGGAAUGCUACGAGAUCCUCUGCAGCACCAGCCCAGAUGACCAUCUUCUUCGGCGGUUCGGUGUAUGUGUACGAUGAUGUAUCUCCAGAAAAGGCUCGGGCAAUCAUGUUGCUGGCAGGGAACUGUUCUUCUGCAUCUCUCUCUAAGACCGUUCCAUCGGCUCAAAUUCCACCACCUAUUACGCCGAUCACCAGACCUGUGCCUGUUGAUGAUUUGAAUGGGAGCGGAAGAUCGUCGAUGCUCUCAUUUUCUGCAGUUCCGAGCAAUGGGGAUCAGAGGAGGGUGAAAUCUGUAGGAGCCUACGAUUCGUCAAUCAGACGACAUGAGACUCCGAAAGCAAUAACUUCCGUUGCACCGGCUAGACCAACUAUUUUUCCGGCCGCUAAUUGUUGCCUCGCAGUUGCUCUACCUCUGGCUCGGAAGGCAUCCUUGGCUCGAUUUCUAGAGAAGCGCAAAGAACGGGCGAUGUGCAUGUCUCCUUAUGCUCCGGGCAAGAGAUCUCCAGAUCAUACCGGCUCAGCUUCGGACAGCUUUAGCCGCUCUACCAAUUCCGCCGCUUCCUGUCAUCACAUAGACAUCAACCAGAAGCUAUAGCUGCUGUUUUCGAUGAGGAUUCCGGGCAAGGGAAUACCGACAAAGGUUUUUUACGCAAGCCAGCAAAUGCCAUCAUCAGCAACUCCUCCUGUUUUUGGUCCAAGAUGAAUUUUUUUUUCCAGCCAUGACUCUUGGUUGGAAGUCAUUAGUCGUAUGCUUUUUAGUCCCAUGUUUUUUUUUUUAUUUCCCCUCCCUAUUUGCCGUCUUUUCGAUCCGAUUUGUCGACAAAAAACAAUGCGAUUUCCGUCACCCCCUUCGUUAAAGUUUUGUUCCGGAUCGAGCCGAGUGUAAAUGUAAUUCUAAGUAAUUCGUGAUUUGUGCUGCAUAAGAUGGAUCUGCAGCGCUAAGAACAGUAGGAGUACUUGAACUGCAUAUAAUGCUCACAUGCCUUAAGAUCUCAUCUUUGCUCUGCGUUGCUUCUUUGGUUCAUUAGGACUCGGUCA